CACAUCCUUCAGUGUCCUUGUCGACAGCCCAUCAGUUACGUCACAUGACAUGACCACGCUACCGUGAUUCUUCCGACCACCGUCAGUUUGGAAGUGGAGGUGUGGUUUCCUUUCUGACCUUUAGUUUAAAAUACAUCUGUGAGUAUUUGGAAUGUCAUGCAGUGUCCUGAUGGUGCCAGUCACAUGAUUUGGUCACGUUUCCGUGGUUCUUCCAAACUCUGACAUUUCAGAGAAGGAGGCAGGAGCUACUUUUUUCUCAUUUCACGCCCAUUAGAUACAUCUGUGCGUAUUUGGAAUGACAUCCAGCGUCCUGAUGCUAGGUCACACAAUGUGGUCGCGCAACAGUGAUUCUUCCCACCGCUGAGAGAUUGGAGGGGGAGGCAGGAUUUACCUUUUCUCCAUCAGCAAUCAUAAGAUUUACCUAUAAGCGCCAUGUGAUCUUGGACAAGUUCCUGAAGCUGCACCUGAUGGUGACUGCCGGACCUCAGGGAACUCCCAGAUUUGGAAACAUGAAGAACAUCAGCAACCAGUUGAGUCAGGAGCUGAUGAAUGACAUCCUGCUGGUGUCCAACAGUGCCCAGGAUGAGAGCGACUCGUCUCAGCUGCAGCACUACCUCCUGGAGGGCCGAGGAUGGAAGCUGCUCCACGUCAUACACAGUGUCGGGGUCAAGACGUUAUCCAACAGUCGAGACCUGUGCAACCUGCUGCUGUCCCUUCUGCCCUGGGCAAUCCAGUUCCAGCCAUCGCAACCGCCCACAGAGUCCAUCAUCUUUAAAGGGAGGGAACAGACCUGGAUGCCCGUGCAGCAGUGUUUUGUGUACACUCAGAAACUCUCAAAGCUGAAGAGCUUCGGUUGUCAGAGAGAAACAUGCAUGCAUCCCAACCAUCCCAGUCGUCAUGGCACAGAAACUCAGUACCACAGAAAACGAAGGUUUACAAAAAUGUCUGGUUCUGUUGCACAGGAGAAGAAUUCUGAGAGUGAGGAAGAAGAGGUGCAAGAGGACAAGAUCAAACAUUCUCGAACAAGACGGCCAACUAGAGUACUGCUCUUCAAAUCUACCGGAGUUCAGGAAGAUGACGAUUCAGGUUCUGACCAGGAUUUGCUUGGAGCUUUCCCGGACUUCCCCAGUGUGCAGGAGUCUGUCAGUUCAGCAGAACUUACUCUCAUUAUCUUUGACCUCUUACUUGACCUUUGUAUCCUUGACCUUUCCCAUGUUGCCCCUGGCAAGGUCAUGUCACCUACAAUGCUGCCGCAUCUACUUCAUAUUUUUUCCCGUCUGUGUGAGAAAGAGUCAUCUGAAAAUGCUUCUAAAAUAAACUGGAAGGACAGAACAAAGUUGACUCUUCAGAGACAUCUGAUCCGUCUGAUUUUGACAGCAAGUGGAAUCAUUGCCACCCAACAGAGUGGUGUCAAGAUCUUGAUGGGACACAAUGCUGUUAGCUUGAUCAUGUCAGCCAUUUCCUCUUUCGCAGAUCCUAGUUCAGAUUUCUGUGACAACAUAGAAUCAGACCACUUUGACCUUGUGAUGGAUGUCAUAUGUGGACUGCUCCUUCUCUUUGAAACAGUAUUUGCAAGUCUUCCAUUUAAUCCUUCAUUUAUUAACUGUGCCUUGGGAAUACUGGAUUGCUUCAAAACAAAUAACGGUUUCCAGUACAUCAAGAAAUUGGUAUAUUCAUCAAAGAUGACAAAAAUAGACUUGGGUAGUGUUCAAGAGGAACUUCUAGAAGAUCCUUUAAAGAAUAUUGCUUCUCUCAUCAGUACUCUGAAGAUGGUGAAGGUGAACUACAUCCAUGCAGUGAAAUGCUUGAAGAGACGCCACAGGAACUGUGAGUACCAGAUGUACCUGAGCCACCACCACAACAUCCUGGGCUACCCAUCAGGUCUGGAGUUGGAGCAGGCGGAGGCAGGUGGCGACAACAGACACAGGUCCUGGUCCUCCAACCCCAGUAAGUGCCAGAUCGCCGUCUUGACACAACUUCUCCUGGACAUGCUGGCGGAAACCAAGUCCACCAAACUGCAGCUGCAGAUCCUUUCAACCCUCAGACAUCCUGGGAUCUGCUGCUGUAUGCAUCCCAAGACCAUCAUUGAAGCUGUGACACCGCUGCUGCCCAGCUUCUCCCCCGCCAUCAGAAGCUGCAGCCUGGAGUCCCUCAAUGACAUCCUCCUGGACCAGUUCAUGGGUUCAGAAGAACUCACUGACAAACAGCUACCAGAGAUAAAUCUGUGUAAGUUGUGUACAUUUGAAGAUAAGUUUUCCAUGGCUUCUUCAGCUAGAUCUCCAGAAGGGAUGGGAGACCUGUCAAGAAUAAUUGAUAGUGGAUUUUCUAGCAGUGAUAGACUUGAAGCAAAGAAAUUGUGGUCAUUACAGAGGUGGCGUCCUCUUCAGGUGUUCAGACAGUUUAUUGUGUCCCCUGAUGAAAGUCUUGCCUUGAUAACUGCCAAGCAUCUGAUUGUGUUAGCCAUUAGAGGAAACAGCGACCUGAAGCAAGAGUUGUUCUUCAAGGUCUAUCAACAUGUUGUGCAUUCUGCUCUGGAGGACUCCACUGAGAUAAUGUCCUUGACUGACACUUCUUCUGAUGAACAACUGAUUUCCUUAGGGAAGGUCCCAAGUUCUAUCAUGCUGUACUGUGUGUCAGCCUUGCCUUACGUGCUACAAGUGGACAAAGUCAUGAAUGUCUUUGUGGAGAAAGAGGGUCUUUCCAGACUCAACAACCUCUUGGAGGACAGUCAUUUGAGAGCCCCAGUCAUGGGAGUCUUUGAGGCAUUGAUAAUGAUCGAUGAACAGAAGGUGAGAGAGAUGAAAACAAAGAAUGCAGAAGAAGUCACGAAGCUGACUUCUGAGUACAUCCGUGGAACUGUGAUGCAGAUAUUCAUUGACAUCCUGGCAAAGAAGACAUGUGCAAUAACUGCAGCAUUUCAACAGCUGCAUUUGGAGAAGCAUGGCAGCAGUGGGAGUGGAACGGACCAACAGGAUAGCGGUUCAGAGGAUGACUCGACUUUCACCCCGUUGCCGGCCCGUCACCAUGAUAUUGUUAAAGACCUGCCCUUGCUACAGGACAUGUGGCAGACCUGUGCCAAGCUGUGUAUGAAUAGUCCGACAUUCAGGUCCUUCUAUAGGAACUCUCCAUGUCUGUACAUUGUCCAGGAAACUCUGCUACUGACUCUGGAGCUUCUGGAUGACAUGGGGGGAGAGCUGUGCCAGUCAAGGUCGUCUGUCACGGAGACCAGCUCUGUGAGGUCCUUCUCCUGUCAUCUGAAGAAGCUCACCUUCAUCGAGGCCGUGAUGAUCGUCUGCUUCUCAUGUCACACAGUCUCACCAAAUCAAAAGAAGGGUGGCGAGGAGGCUCACUGGAAGCAGCUGCGCGACUCCCUGCAGCAGUGUGUGAAACUGGACCCCACCAAGCUGAAGGCAGUGUUCGACAUGCUGCUCAACACCGCCCUGCCGCAGCUGCCAUCCAUCCUCGAGUACUCCUACGACCAGAUCAUUGCCAUGUUGAAUCUGAAGGACAAGGAGAUGGUGGAUGAGGAUGAGUACCGAGAGCUGCUUCACUUCGGAGGGAGCGAGGAGGAGGAGGCGGUAUGGACUGAACAUGGUUAUGAGGCAGACACAGAAACCACCAUGCACAAUGACUGGAAGAAAAGUCUGCAGACAAGCCACGACAACCGUCUGAAGCAUGCAGACACCAUUUGCUUCCCAUCCGUGUUCCGACUAUUCGUGGAGCUGGCCAUCACUACUUAUAACUCUGCGGCCGUCAGCAAGGUGGUGUUGUCCGUGUUGUUACGGCUGCUGCAGAUGCUGCGUAGUAGUCCCCCUGCUGUUUUGGGGAUGUGUUCAGAGGGUAUCCUGGAGGUUCUGCUGGACGGCUUCAAGGACAGCCUGACGAAAUCCAUUGUUGACCAACAAGAGCUGGCCCUUCGAGAGAUUCUGCUAUCUCUGAUCCAACUUCUUGCACAGACAGAAAUAGCAGCCAAUGAAUUGCGACUGUACAUCCGACUGUUCCUCGUCGAGGGAUUCCCAGCGGACUCCAUCUUGUCCACCCUGAUGAGUGUCGUGGAGAACUCCCAGGUGGAGCCGUGCUACACCGUUACCUUCCCCACAUCCCGUACACAGCAACCAGCUCCUCCAGACACAGAAGAAUCAGAAGACCUCUUCCCCCAGUAUGUGUGGUCUAAAACAGCCAUGCAGUGUGACAUCAAGGACUCAAUUACUUGGCCGCCUGUCACCAGUGGCUUCAGUGUGUCAUGGUGGAUGAACGUAGCAGACGUCACGGACGACCCUCUCAUGCACCUCCCAAAGUUGAGAAAGGAUCAUUCAUCAUCCCUUGUCUUCAAUUCCAUCAAUUUCAACGGGGAGUGCAAGUCUGAGGGCUCCCAGAAGAACCUGUCCAACUACCCUGUGUGCGAGUGCCUGCAUGUACUUUCUGUUGGCAAUGUGGAGAAGAUGUUUGAAGUGUGGAUCGAUGUCAGGACCAGAUCAUUUGUAUUCAGGAUAACAAGUGGCUCAAUCGAAACGGAAGUGAUGAAGGAGUCGAGUUCUGACGGAGUUAUUUCCCCUGGCAUGUGGCAUCACUUGGUUGUUUCCUAUGAAGAGAAACUGAAUGGAAGCACCCUUGUAGGGAAGACCCUGCUUGUAAUCGAUGGCUGCAUGUCAAGGGAGAUAAUUCUGGAUUACCCGGCCAACUUCUCACGGAAGCCAACGUCGUCCCAGCCAAUGCUGCUGGUGGGGCACGUGAAGGAGAUGCCUGCGGACAUGGGACAUUGGCGCCUGGGCAACAUGAUGGUCUUCAAGACUGCCAGCCUCAGUCGGGAGUGGUGGUUCCACCACUACAGCCUCGGCCCAAAUCUGACUUCGGUCAGUAAAUGUGACUGCACAGACAUGAACUCCAUCUAUGUCCCGUACCUCACCAAGGACGUCCUGUGUCAGGCUGAUCUCUCGCUGGAUGUCCUGGUUGGAGCAACUACGUUGUCGGACAUGGAGAAGGCAAGGACGUCAGCUGUUCUGACAUACUCCGCUCAAACACCAACCUGCCUGAGCCAGUACUGCUUCAACAGCCUGCAUGAGAUGCUGACGAACCUCGGACUCGUGCACCCAACAGCAUCCCAGGAUCCUCUGCUCUUCCAGAACCCAACCACCAUCAAGUGGACAGAGCUCGGCCGCCUCCAGAACCAAUCUCACCAGACACUGGAGAAAGCUGUUGAGCAGGUCGGAGGCGUCCAGACAUUUGUCUUCAUGGUGGCGAAGAUCUACGAGGGCUGUAAGGAUGUGAGCGACCCAGCGGAGCAGCGCCGGGUUGAGAAGCUGCAGAGUAAGAUCCUCCGACUCUUGUUCAGCCUCGUCCACCAUCUGCCGCAGAUGGCCCUCGAGUUCCACAACAUCCAGGGCUACGCCAUGUUGCGUAAGGUCCUCAUCACCUCCAGGAGCAUUGUGGGAUACGAAGUCCUCAAGGCACUCCUGGAUUCGUGUACAUCCGAGUCGCUGUUCCGACCCGAUGCCUCCGCUUGCAUUCCCAUACUGCGUCUCGGAACUGAGGCCGUCGUGCGUGACAUCUCCAUCCUACAGCAACUGCUGCUGUCGUGGCGUGUCUGGGAGAAGGCUGAGGAAGGCGUGCUGGAACUACUCUUCCAGUCUCUGCAGACGCUGAUACGUCCAGACCAUCAACACCGGGAUGUCAACAUUAAGCAGUUCCGCGCGGGGGGCAUUAUGAACAAGAUAUUCUAUAUUUAUCUGGAGCGUAUCCAGGAAGGCCUGCCGUCGAUGACUCCAGUCGUUGGACAAGCUGUGUCUGCCAUAGUAGAGGGCAUGCUGGGAUUUCCUCCAGAUCCAGUCAUGCUUGUAGCGGUCACUGACUUCCUGUUGCUGGUCCACCCUGCGGCCAGCACGUUUGUCGUUCACGCCACGUCCAGUCACUUCCUGCGGUGCUGGUGGGCAAACACGUCUGCCAAGACAACACCUGUUACAAAAGUCACUGUGCGUAGCCGAUCUGUGAAGAAGUCUGUAUCGGGGUCAGAAGGUCAGAGCGAGGAUGCAAGGUCAAGGACAGAUGAUGGUAGCAGCAAUGCCGAAUCACUAGGUGACCAGGAGGGUUCAGCACUCAGGGAGUCUGAGUCUUCUCAAGGGAAGGAGGACCUACCUGUUCCCCCCUCGCCAAACCUCAGCACAUCCGAGUCCACCGAUUUCCCCCCAUUACAUCCCAGCCCGUCCAUCAGGUCCACCCCAGGCUUCUCACACUCCCAGAGUGGGAAUGAAAGCUUGCGGGGGCAGGAACGAGAAAGGACACACACCCUGAAGGAAGCCUUUGUCACCGACACUGAGUCCACCAGCUCAGACAGUAGAGGAGGGAAUGGGUACGAGGGCAGUGAGGAAUCGGAAAGGCAAGGGGAGAUAACUGGCACUGGUCAAAAGGCUGUGAGUAAAGAUUAUGAGGGCUCCGCUGUCAGUGAUGAGAGCCAGCAGACGUCAUCUCUGUUGUCUGCUGCAGAGGGGGAGAAGGAUGAGGAUGAGGAGGAUGGUCACAUGGAGUUUGAUGAAGACGAGAAGGACAUGGGAGACCGAGAUGUGGGUCUGGUCACCCUCUGUGCUAACCUGCUCAACUACCUGUGUGACUUGAUGGGGAGACUGCCCGAGAGUUCGGCAGACAGGGUGUAUGACAAGGUGCUCAACUCCGGCAGCCUCAUCGUCCUGGCCCAGAACAGCUCCCCGCAGAUCCGAGAAGCCGUCAUUAGGCUGAUCGGGAUGUACACUGUGAUGGCUCCCCAGCAGCACCUGGAGAACUUCCUCAAAAUGGACGGCUUUUCUCUGUUAGCCAAUCAGAUCCACCAGUACCCGGCCCGGAAGGAACACAUUGAAGCUGCUGUCUCCAUCCUGCUGGAACAGUCGUUUACUUUUGAUGAUGAGUUAGAUGAGGAGAUUAUGGAGUUGUCCAGCGUGCAGCAGUCAUCCGUCGUGCUGCUGCUCUCUCUGAUUGAGCAGACGGCAUAUGAUCUGCCACUGUGCCACAACACUCUAAGUCUUCUUGAAGUGCUCCUGGUCCAGUGCCCCAUGCUGUCCACCAUCCUCCUGGAGCAGGGCUUGAUGGAGGUGCUCACCAACCUCAUCACCAUCAUCAACAGACAGAAUAGCAAGCCGACAGAUGUAGUUGAGGCAGAGAACAACCUGUUGCUGUUGGACGUACGGAGAGUUUUGUGUAGCCUGGCUGUCAGGGAGUUCAGCUGGAGUGGCAUGACACACUACCAACAGGUGGAGGACAUGUUCAACCUCCUCAAGGCCUUGGAGGACAAGGAGCAGGCAUCAGAAGACAGUAAGCGACGUUGUCAGAACCUGCGGGACCUGCAGUAUGUCAUGGUGAUCCUCAUCAUCGAGUAUGUGGAGAGACGCAGCGAGGACAUCAGCCAGCAGCCUCACAACUGGUUCACCAUGUCCGGGGGCAGCACCUCCAGCGCUGGCAGCUAUGGCAGCUACAGCGACCCCUCCAGUGCACACCUCUACUCCCUCCUCCCCGCCUCCGACUCCUCCUUCACCAGCAGCCUCCGCUCCCAGCUCCCCAGGGGGAGACAACCCACAAGGAAACAAACACCAUCAUCCAGGAGCUCUGAUCAAUUUGCAGAUCAGCCAUUUGAUGAAAAGUCGCCUUCGACUAAAACAGGGCUGGCAGGCUCAACUGCUGGCGAUUUUCUGGAUUCCUACAAAGCGUCUCAGACCGGCAAGUCACGUGAUAUGCCACAAAGGAAGGCAGCCAAUCAGUCGCGUAUUGCACAGUUUUUUGGCAAGAGAAAGAAGCUGAUGUUUGUUGCUGUGAAUCAAUCUGAACUGUUGGACCGGUUCAAGAAGUUUCUGGUGUUUGCUGUUGACCUCAUUGUUCUCAUAGAGCGAGAGGAGAUGGUGAAGACAUCGGGGGAAAGAAUAGAGAUGUUCUUCACCAAGACCACCAGUCUGGAGGACAACUUCCUCACCAAACUCUUCAACAUCACCUACCGCGGCCUGGAGUUUACCCUGGACAAAGGUGGGACCAGCCGUAAGUCUCGCAAUGUCAUCAUGUGGGGAGCUAAAGACGUCAUCAGACAACAGUUUGGCCGUCUGCUCCUGUGCAUGCUGUCAUCCAAGAUGGACUUCAACAUGAGGCUGUAUGGUCUGUCCUUCAUCAUGGGCGAGACAAAGGGCCGGGACGUCAUCAAGAUGCUCAUCUCCACACAGCAGCUGGGCCAGGAGCUGAGCUGCUACCUGUACAACCUGCUGACAACGUGGAGAGACUGGCUGGUCGGAACCCAGCGGGAGCAGGGCUGCAUUCUCCUCAACCUCCUGCGACAGAGUGGCUUCGUCGUCUACAUGACAGACAGGAAGCUCACACCCCAACAACAGGACGUGCUAGACGAGGAGAAAAGGUCUAUUGACCUACGGCUCGCCAAUGCACAACAGUUGUGGUCCCAAAAGAAGCAGACAGCAGCCGACAGAGUCCUGCAGCGCUAUGAGAAGCACAUGAAGCUGGUGUCCGACCAGGCCAUGACAGUCACCCAGACAGUCACUCAGCUGCAGAACAACCAGAGGAAGGUCCUGGUGGACCACAUCAAGAAGUCCAUGACGGAACAGAUCCAACUGAAGAAAGCUUGGCAGGAGCUAGUCCAGAUACUCACACAUGAAAGAGCCGUUUGGUACCACCCGGCCUCCUACCCCCAGUCAUGGCAGCUCGACCCCACGGAGGGACCAGGCAGAAUGAGAAAAAGGUUCCAGCGAUGUCAUCUCGCCAUUGACAAGAAGUAUCUGGCAGAAGGCUACAAGCAGAAGCUUGAUGUGGAGAAUGUUGACCCGCCUCUCAUCUACCUGUUUGAGGACGAUGACAAGAUGUCCGAUUCCGCCGCACUGCUGUAUCGACUGCACACCAACGAGAAGAUACAACACACCUGCCUCUGUACCGCCAUAUCUCCGGCCAGUGAGAACAAGGGAGAGCUGCUGGUUGGGGAGAUGUCCAUCUUCUUUGUAGCGGAUGAGGCUAUCACAGAUGCCAACUACACACAGGUGUUGCUAGGUAACCGAGAGCAGCUGUCCAUGACGUGGCCUCACGCAGACAUCAAGGAGCUACACAAGCGUUGGUUUCAGCUCAAUGAUGUGGGUCUUGAGAUCUUCCUGACUAAUGGCAGGACAUUCCUGCUGGCAUUCAAAACUACAAGGAUUCGGGAUGAGUUGUACCAGCACCUCCUGCAGGCAGUGGAGCUCCCCAAUCUGCUGCCGCCCUCGGAGAACCUGGCCACAGUGCAGCGCCUGUGGCUGGACGGCGCCCUCACCAACUUCGACUACCUCACUUACCUCAACAAGAUAUCCGGCCGCUCCUUCAAUGACCUCAUGCAGUACCCAAUCUUCCCCUUCAUCCUCCGAGACUACGAGAGUGACGAGCUCAAUCUGGACGAUCCCACAGUCUACAGGGAUCUGGCCAAACCCAUCGCUGUGCAAGUCAAGGGAAGAGAAGCAAAAUACAAAGAAAACUUUGAGUUCCUGUGCCAGGAAUAUGAGAAGCCAUCUAGCUUGAAUGACUACAUCCGCAUCCGACCGUACCACUACGGCAGCCACUACUCCAACAGCGGCACUGUGCUUCACUACCUUGUCAGAUUACCUCCCUUUACAAAGAUGUUCCUCUCAUAUCAAGACAGGAAUUUUGACAUCCCGGAUCGAACAUUUCAUAGUAUUGCAACAUCAUGGCGGCUGUCUAGUUUCGAGUCAACAUCUGAUGUGAAGGAGCUGAUCCCAGAGUUCUACUUCCUCCCAGAAUUCCUCAAGAAUGGAGAAGGUUACAAUUUUGGAAAGCGCCAGAAUGGGAACGUGGUGUGGGAUGUGACGUUGCCGCCGUGGGCCCGAGGGGACUCCCGCCUGUUUGUGAUGGUCCUCCGCCAGGCGCUGGAGUCGCCGUACGUCACCCGCCGCAUCCAUCAGUGGAUCGACCUGGUGUUCGGCUACAAGCAGAUGGGAGAGGAGGCAAUCAAAGCCAUCAACGUCUUCCAUCCAUCAACGUACUUUGGAGUCGACAUGAGCGACAUCACGGAUCCCCUGAAGCGCCAGGCAGUGCUGACAAUGAUCAAGACGUACGGACAGACCCCCAAACAGCUGUUCCGCAGCCCCCACCGCCAGUGUGUGGUGACCGGGACCACGCCCGCCACACCCCUGCUGGCAGACCCUCACCUUGCUGGGCGGGAGGUAAAGCAUCUGUCUUAUAUUCGCCGUCCUAUCUCCAACAUCAACGGCCUACGCUGGGGCAACUUCGUGGGAUCCCCUGAGGGUGGUACGCCGGUGACGGUUUGGAGGAAGGUGUACCCGGUCGUCAUCACCACCUUGGUCCCCCUGCCCACCGGCUACGUGUUCGGGCUGGAGGCCGACUCCUGUGCCCUGGUGCUCCAUGCAAAAGACAGGGCGGACCUGGUGGUCAACUCCACGGACGUGAUGUGGGCGGGCAUCAUCAGCUGGGGCCACCCAGACCGCAUCCUACGGGUCCGGAACCAGUUCAACCGACCAAUGGUCAACUUCCUCCCAGACAACCCCUAUGACGAGAUAUCUUGCUGUGCGUCUGUGCCAGACUGUCGUCUGCUGUUCACAGCAGGGUCUGCCGGUAUCGUCAACGUGUAUCAUGUGACCUAUAACCGGUCCAAGGCCAGCAAUCUCCAGGUGUUUAACACUCGGACAGCACUGUACGGCCACACUGGUCCUGUCAAUGUGUUGUAUGUGUGUAAAUCCUACAGUGUGCUUGUCAGUGGCAGCGAGGAUGGAACCUGCAUCAUCUGGGAUCUCAACAGACUGUCGUAUGUGCGGUCAAUCAGCAGCCACAAUGCCAGUGUGAAGACUCUGGCCGUCAGUGACACCAUGGGAGAUAUCGCCAGUGUCAGCCCCAGAGCUCUGGGCAGUUUCCUGCAGCUCCACACAAUCAACGGUCAGUUUGUGGCUUCAAGAAAGUGUGAUGAGUUCACCAUCAACUGCGUUGCCUUUUCCCGUGCCCCGGAGGGUCGGGCCAUCAACGUCAUCGCUGGCGGACUCAGCACCGGGGUGGUCAGGUUGUGGAGCAGCUGGGACCUGACUGUCCUGCGAGAUCUCAGCCACGAGCAUUCCAUAGCGAGGCCAGUCGUCAGUGUCAUAUUUACCCAUGAUUCCCAGCGCCUGUUUGCGUCUGCCCUGGAUGGGAGCGUGACACUCUGGGAAAAGCCGUCACAGUCGAAACCUAAACCAGAGAACUUCAUUGCAUUUGUGGAAAAAACAACAUGAACGUCACGUGUGUGAUUCAGAGAGACUCACUUGACCAUUGUGGAUGUGUCUGCAGGGAACUAGUAGAGAGUACUGUGGAAGACAAACAUUACUGGCUCAUCAGUGGAAUAGUACUAUACAGUAUCACAGAGUACUGUUCAGUACAGCAGGCCAACUGAGUCAUGAGUGGAAUAGUGCUAUUCAGUAAGACAACGCUACUGAGUCAGCAAUGGAAUAGUACUGUUCAGUACAGCAGGGCUACUGAUUCAGCAAUGGAAUAGUACUGUUCAGUACAGCAGGGCUACUGAGUCAUCAAUGGAAUAGUACUGGUCAGUACAGCAGGGCUACUGAGUCAUCGAUGGAAUAGUACUGUUCAGUACAGCAGGGCUACUGAUUCACCAACGGAAUAGUGCUGUUCAGUACAGCAGGGCUACUGAUUCACCAACGGAAUAGUGCUGUUCAGUACAGCAGGGCUACUGAGUCAUCGAUGGAAUAGUACUGUUCAGUACAGCAGGGCUACUGAUUCACCAACGGAAUAGUGCUGUUCAGUACAGCAGGGAUACUGAGUCAUCGAUGGAAUAGUACUGUUCAGUACAGCAGGGCUACUGAUUCACCAACGGAAUAGUGCUGUUCAGUACAGCAGGGAUACUGAGUCAUCGAUGGAAUAGUACUGUUCAGUACAGCAGGGCUACUGAGUCAUCGAUGGAAUAGUACUGUUCAGUACAGCAGGGCUACUGAGUCAUCGAUGGAAUAGUGCUGUUCAGUACAAGAGGCCUACUGAUAAAUCGAUGGAAUAGUACUGUGUAGUAUCACAGCAAUUGCUCCUGGCCUAAGUGUCAGGUGGAGACUGAUAGUGUGGAGACACUUGUUCGUAUUACAGGAAGGUGAUAUGAAUUUGUCAUAACUAUGUGAAUAUUUCAUGGCAUACUGAAAGCCUUAUUGUGCCGCCGUAGUUGGAAACAUGUCACUGACUGUGAUAGUGUGAUGUGCUUCCUACUGUGUGGAAACCACCAUGUGAACAGUGUGUCACGGUGACGACUCAAGGUGUCAGCUGAUAGCCAUGGUUGUGAACUGGCGAUGAUGAGGAUGGUGAUGUACAGCUGCACAGAUUGACCAGUCAAAACGAAAUGUUGUGCUCACCUAUCAAACAGUAUUUUUCACAAAUCUGCAACAUUAUGGGUAAAAAUUAUCUUUAUCAUGUAUUUAAUUAACAAUACAUUAUAGUUUUUGGGGAAGACAAGUUACAAUGAAAUACCGUAUUCGCCAUAUUAAGUGCCCCAGACAAACUCUAGAUAGAUUUGUAUGUAAUUUUCAUUUGUGCUUGCUACGAAGCCGGAAUACUGACAUGACUGUCAUUAGUUUUCUUGUACAUAUUACAGAUCUUUUUAAACUGAACAGCAAUGUAAAGAGAGUAUGUAGCUUGUAAUAUGUGUUUUAAAAACCUUUUAGUUUCAUGAACGUUUGAACUAAUUCUGUCCUUACUGCUCUGUGACAGCAAAUUUAACUUAUGUUUUUAAUAAGUAUGGUUUUAAUAAGUACACCCUUUGUCUUUUUUUUCUAAGCACCCUGGGCGCAUAUUAUAGUAAAUAUGGUAGGUGUGUCAGCACCAUGCCAUCAUUUCACACCGAGAAGAUUGUCACAACCAUGUUGAUGAUUAUGUGCCAUUUUCCGCCUAUGUAUAGAAGAAUUAGACUACAUUCCACCGUAUGUGUUGUAAUAAAUGAUCUCAUACCGUAUAUACUUAAAUAUAAUAUUAUUUCAUUGCUGUUGUGUUACCACUGAAAAUAAAUUAUAUUGUGUGUUAUCACUGAAAAUAAGUUAUAAUAUAUUUCUAUAUAGACUUUUAUCAGUGUUACGUUAGUCUGGCCCUAUAUUGUUAAUACGAUUCAUCCCUCUUAGCCUUGACUACUGGAGAGCUUGUUACCAAAGUCUAUAGAUUUAUUUUGGGGAUCGUCAAGAUGUAAGAUAUCUUUUAUAUAUGAGAAUCACCCUGUUUUUACUUGGGAUGCACAAUUUGAGAGUAUGAAGCAGAAUCUGGGACAAUUCUAUCUGCCAUAUUGAUCAACGUAUGAAGGAUGUGUUUAGAUGGAGCUGUCACUCAAACCAAGUUAUUAAUUACUUCUCCACCUUUGAUGGGGGUAUGUCUUGUAUCUCCGUGAUACACAGCACUGAUUCUCAUGGCAAGUGUACAUUGAAAUAGAAGGACAUAUCUGCUUAUCUUUAUCAAGAGUUGAGUAGUAUAUUUUUGGUUUAUCGGGGCACUUCAGGAUUAUGAGAAGGCAAAGAUAGGCCAGAAUGUUAAUGUAACGAUGCCUGUUCCAGUGGAAUUGAGGAUGUGGAAUUAACCUGAUUGAUGCCUCUCUUAUGUUGAUUAAAACAGUGAAGACCCGGGGUAGAAUAGGUCUUCAGCAACCCAUGCUUGUCUCCCCCGUGAAGAUCCGGGUUAGAAUAGGAUUUCACCAACCUGUGCAUGUCGCCCCCGUGAAGAUCGGGGUAGAAUAGGUC